AUGAGGAUCCUCAGCAUUGUUUUAUUGCUUUUGGCCGCACUCUUCAGCCUCUCCAGUGCCUACAAUCAUCACCGAUUAGACCUUGACGAGAUUUUGACAGAGCUCGAGACGAUGGCCGAACGCGAGCGACUAGCGCGAGCCAUUGUGGAGCGACGUGAGCGUCGAUCAAGCGAGAAGAAAAGUUACCCCAGGAACUGUUACUUCUCGCCGAUUCAAUGCCUCUUCACGAGAAAUAAU